AUGUCUGCUGACGCUGUCUUGUUUCAUGCAGGAGAUUUUGACGAGAAGGAUUUACCAACAAUUAGGAGACCUGAUCAGUAUUUUAUAUUCUUCUUUUUGGAACCCCCAACAAUGCAUUAUGAACGCUUGCCUUACAUACCAUUUAACUUUUUCAAUGUAACAAUGACAUACCGAAGACAAAGUGAGAUUUUUUCGCCAUAUGCCUCACUGGUAAAGAUCAGUGACGAUCCAUUUGUUACAAUUCCAUGGGAUUUUGAGACAGUAAAACAACGUCUCAGUAAAAAGAAGAAAUCAGCUUUGCAGUUUGUUUCUCACUGUUUUACAAAUUCGAAGCGUGAGGCCUAUGUAGUUCAGUUAAGAAGGUAUAUUGACGUUACCGUACUCGGCAGGUGUCAUAAAAGAUGUGAUGAUCAGUGUGAGAAAAAAGCAAUAGGUAUCUGUAUAUUGAAUUUUUAUUUAGAUGAACACCUCUUUUACCUUGCAUUUGAAAACAGUGUGUGCAAAGAUUAUAUUACCGAAAAAGUGUAUUCGCGGUUGGGAGAAUUUCUACCUAUUGUCCUCAAAAGAUCUAUUUUGAAAGACGUAUUACCAGACAAAGCGUUCAUUGCUGCAGAUGAUUUUAAUUCGCCAAAACAACUAGCCGGUUACCUCAAUUAUCUCAAAAAAAACAGAGGAGAACUGAUGAAGCAUUUUGAAUGGCUUAAAUCAUAUGGUUUUGGGACCGGAGGCGGCUGUACGUUAUGCAGGUAUCUUCAUCAGAAACCAAGACCAAAAAAUAUUAUUCGAGAUGUUAAGAACUGGUGGUUGGAAAACGCUAACUGUGAUACAAAUUACGGUCUGAAAUUAGUUGAAAAAAAUAAUUAA